AUGACUGUCUACUCCUUCUAUAUCUUUGACCGCCACGCGGAAUGCAUCUACAAACGCCGGUGGCUGCCUCGCCCGGCGUCGAUCGUGGGGAAAUCCUCGCGGAACUCUGAGAGCCCAGCCCAAGGCGCCGGGCCCACCUCGACUGGUCAGACGAUGCGAGCUACAGACGAUGACUCGAAACUGGUGUUCGGCACGGUGUUCUCGCUGCGGAAUAUGGUCCGCAAGCUGGGCGGCGAUGAGGACAACUUCGUGUCCUUCAACACUAGCCAGUAUAAGCUGCACUACUACGAGACGCCGACCAACAUCAAGUUCGUCAUGCUAACCGACACCAAGAGCCCCAGCAUGCGCAUCGCCCUGCAGCAGAUCUAUAUCAACCUCUUCGUGGAAUACGUUGUCAAGAACCCUCUAUCCCCCGCCGAACAUCCCGGCGGCGUAGGGGUCAAUAACGAGCUUUUCGAGGAGUCCCUAGAACAAUUCGUGCAGACCCGUGUGCUAUCAUGA